AUGUCUGUCAUAAUCCUAGAGUAUUGUCUGCCUUUAGGUGAGUGUGGUGCUGAUGUCCCUGGUGCCGGGGCAGGGCUCCACAGGUUGGUAGAGUCUCUGUAUGGACUACAGGGAGAGAAGAGCCAGCUGAGGGGAGAACUACGGCUGCUGCACUCCCAACUGGAGCAGAGAGAACAGGACCGACACUCACGAGUACAGGUCUUCCAACAUCAGAUCGACGAACUGAAGAGCUGCAUCGAGGAGCGGGAGGAGGAGCUGUCCAGACUGAGAACGGACUCUGGAGCCACAGACUCGGAGAAGCGGGUUGUGUGUCUGUCAGCGGAGAACGAGAGUCUGAAACAGAGUCUGACUGUCACCCAGGGCCUCCUGCAGCAGCUCUCUGUCAUCCCCUCCCAGUCCAGCUCUGUACUCAUCAAGGAGAAUGAGAACCUGCGCAGCCGGGUGCAGCACCUGGAGAGUUCCCUGCAGCAGAGGGCUGAUCAGCUGUCUCACCUGGAGCGACAGAGCGAACAAAGCGAGUGGAGGAGAGGAGAGGAGCAGAGGAGAAGAGAGGAGAGAGUGAGGGAGCUGCAGCUAGAGCUGGAUAAAGAGAGGGCCAAAGAGCCACAGGUCAAGAUUGUCACUCAAACUGUGGAGGUGGAGUCACCGGUGACGCUGAGGCAGUUGGCUGAGGCCAGAGAGAGGAACGAGCAGCUGUCAGAGAAACUGACCAAUCAGAACGAGAAGAGCAGACAACUGGAGGAGCACAUCAGGAAGUCAGAUGAAUUCAGCUGUAACCUGCAACACAAGAUUGCAGCGUACGAGCGGGAGAUCAGUGUACUGCAGGAGGAACUGCUGAAGGAGAUAGGUCACCUGGAGGAGAAGAAGGAGGAGGCUGUGAAGGCUGCAGCGACCUGCUCCGUAGAACACUUCCAGAGCCUGCAGGACCAGUUCUUUAACCUGCAGAAGCGUCUGACAGCGCUCCCUCCGACCCUGCGCACCAUGAAGACAGACUACGCCAGCCUGAGGAGUCAGGUCCGCAACUUCUCCGACUUCUACGGAGCAGCCAUCACCGACGCCAAGAAACAGAUAUCAGCAGCUAUGAGUGAGAUGUCGGAGGCCAACAAGGACCUCCUGGAGAAGUACAGGAAGGAGGUGGCACUGCGGAGGAAGUACCACGAGCAGCUGGUCGAGCUCAAAGGCAACAUCCGUGUGCUGUGCCGUGUGAAGCCGGUUCUGAAGGAGGACCAGCAUGAGGAGGGCCAAUCGGUGGUGGUAACCACGGACCCCAACAACGAAUCAGCUCUCUCCGUGCUGAAAGGCCAGGGCCGCAGCCAUAACUUUGAACUGGACCGUGUCUUCCACCCUCAGGCCACUCAGGAAGAGGUCUUCCAGGAGAUCGAGCCCCUUGUGACAUCCUGUAUAGAUGGAUAUCACGUCUGUAUCUUUGCCUAUGGGCAGACUGGCUCUGGGAAGACCUACACCAUGGAGGGCAGCACAGAGAACCCAGGCAUCAACCAGCGUGCUCUGAAACACCUGUUUAGUGAGAUAGAGGACAGGAAGGACAUGUGGACGUACACCGUGACUGUCAGCUCUGUGGAGAUCUACAACGAGGUGCUCAGAGACCUGCUGAGUAAGGAUGGAGAGAAGCUGGACAUUAAGAUCAACCCAGACGGAACAGGACAGCUACACGUCCCUGGACUCCGGCUCAUAGAGGUCAAGAGCUUCCAACACAUCAAGAAACUUCUGGCGCAGGCGCGUCGUAACAGGAUCACCUUCGGGACCCAGAUGAACCAGCACAGCUCUCGUUCUCAUGCCCUCCUCAUGAUCACUGUGCUGGGGACUGACCUGGCCAGCGGGGCCAAGACCACAGGCAAGUUGAACCUGGUGGACCUGGCUGGCUCUGAGAGGGUCUGGAAGUCAGGAGCUGAAGGAGAGAGGCUGAAGGAGGCCCAGAACAUCAACCGCUCCCUGCUGGCUCUGGGGGACGUUAUCCAGGCUCUGAGGGGGAAGGAGAAACACAUCCCCUUCAGAAACAGUCGCCUCACAUACCUGCUGCAGGACUCACUGGGCAAGGGCAACAAGACGGCCAUGGUGGUGCAGGUGUCUGCUCUGGAGAGUAACGUGGGAGAGACCAUGUGUUCUCUGAAGUUUGCUGAGAGGGUUUGUAAGGUGGAGCUGGGGCCUGCAGCCAGGAAGAUACAGAGAGGAGGAGGAAGCCAUCAGUGUGACUAGAACUCCCCUUCCUGAAGUCAUCCAACUUCCUGUUCCCAUGGACGACCAGGACUCCAGGGACUCAACAGACACGCAGCCAACCAAAUACAUCAACAAGCAAUAACAACAUCAAACAACCCCCUCUUCCCAGUCAGUCUAUCAGUCUGUCUAUCAGUCUGUCUAUCAGUUCGCCAGCUAGCCAGCCAGUCAGUCAACCUAUCAGUCUGUUUAUCAGUCAGUCAGUAUAAAAGCUACCAGGUGUGUAUUCAGUGAGAUUAAAUAUUGAGAAUAUUGCAGAUUCUCUAGUCUACCGAUCAUAAUGUCUGUUCAUGUCAUGCACAGGAGGUUGGUGGCACCUUAAUUGGGAAGAACACAUGGUUUCCAUGGUUUCCAGGUGUUUGAUGCCAUUCCAUUCGCUCACGUUACACCCACCUGAACAGACCCCAGAUGUAACGUUACACCCACCUGAACAGACCCCAGCUGUAACGUUACAUCCUCCUGAACAGACCCCAGCUGUAACAUUACAUCCUCCUGAACAGA